AUGUAUGAUAUUCAAGAAAUUUCCUAUGAAAGAUGCAAGAAAUGUAGAUAUAAAAUUCGAAAUACACAUUCUAGUAGCACUCCACGCGAUGUUAUAAUAGCAUGCUCAAUAGGAUAUCCUAUAAAUCUUGAAAUAUUCGUUAGAACACUUAGACACUCCGGAAGUAAAGCAAAAUGUAUUUUUCUAGUUGACAGCUACUCAUACAACUUUAUCACAGAUGAAAUUUACGAUAGUGUAUAUGAAUGUGGUGGUCAAAUCAUACCAUGCGGCUAUAUUUCUGAAAUGACAAAAAGUGAAAAACAAAAUUAUAUUUAUAUCAUCUGCUACGAGUUCAUUAUGGCGAAUUUUGAUAAAAUAGAUAGAGUUAUUAUAGCAGAUAUGUAUGAUACAGCGUUUCAAGGAGAUCCAUUUAAUUAUCAAAUGGAAGAUGACAAAUUAAAGAUUGUUGAUGAAUAUUCGAACUUUACUACAGAGCCAGGAAUGACCAACAAAAUUUGGAUACAUAAUUUUGAUCCAAAACUUGAAAUUAAAGACGAAGAAAUUUAUUUCUGCACAGGAUUCAUUGGAGGAAAAGUAACAAUUGUUUACAGAUUUCUCACAUUGUUUCUUGAGUACAUGAAGAUGGGAGAUGAGUUCAAAGACCAAGGUUUGUUUAAUUAUCUUUAUUUCUCAGGAAAAUUGAGAAAAUAUGGAAUAGAAGUUUCUCCAAAACGAACAGAUGAAUUUAUAAGACACACUGCUGGUCUACAACUUGGAACAUUUACAAAAAUAGGAAAAGUUAAAACAUAUGACAAAAAAACAUACGCAUCUGUAGUUCACCAUUAUUAUUUGAAUCCAGGAUUCGUGGAUUCAAUAUUCUCUCACUGUCCAAAUAUUAGUUAUGAUAAUUUGUUUGAUAUUUAUCCAAAUGAAUAA